GCUCCACUCUUAAACUAAAGGCUUAAACAAGUUCUGAGGAACAUGUCUGGACGGAGAUCCUCUGCUCCCAUGUCUUCUAGCGACCCACACUGUCCCCACAGCCUUGGAGUCGUGGGAGGGGACCGCACCCCUUUGUCUCCCCCAUUCUUCUUUCCUCUCCAGGGGCUGCCUUGCACCUCCAUGACAUUGGCAUUGUGACUAUGGACUGGCUGGUGAGGAAUGUCACCUACAGACCCCACUGCCACAUCUGUUUCACCACGAAGGGGAUCGUGCAGUUUAGAUUUGCUCACCCAACUCCGCAUACGUCGGAAGAAUGUCGCAAGUGGAUUCUGCUGGAGGAUUAUCGGAGGCAGGUGCAAAACGUCACUGAGUUUGACGACAGCUUGCUGAGGAAUUUCACUCUGGUGACCCCGCACCCGGAAGUGAUUUACACAAACCAAAAUGCUGUCUGGUCGAAGUUUAAAACCAUCUUCUCCACCAUCUCUGGCCUCAUCCGUUACGCACCAGUGUUCAGAGACUAUGUCUUCCAGAGCAUGCAGGAGUUCUAUGAGGACAACGUGCUCUACAUGGAGAUCAGAGCCAGGCUGCUGCCGGUAUACGAACUCAGUGGAGAGCGGCAUGACGUACAGUGGUCCGUGAAGACUUACCAGGAAGUGGCUGAGAAGUUUGUGGAAACUCACCCCGAGUUUAUUGGAAUCAAAAUCAUUUAUUCGGAUGACAGAUCCAAAGAUGUGACUGUCAUCGCAGAAUCCAUCCGAACAGCCAUGGGGCUCCGGACCAAGUUCCCCACGGUGGUGGCAGGGUUCGACCUGGUGGGACAUGAGGACACUGGCCACUCCUUGCACUACUAUGACAAAGCGCUGAUGAUUCCCGCCAAGGAUGGUGUUAAGCUGCCUUACUUCUUCCACGCCGGAGAAACAGGUGAGCCCGUGGGAAUCAGCAGAGGAGGGCAGUGGGAGAGCUUCUAG